AUGACUUCCGUACACCGGUCUCAGUCUUUACGUGCUCACGUAAUAACUCCCGUACUUUGGUCUCAGUCUUUACCUGCUCACGUAAUAACUUUGUACAUCGGUCUUAGUCUUUAUGCGUUCACGUAUUUUAAGAAAUGCUACUCUGUUCUCAGCGACCUCGGAAUCAACGGUCCAAAACCGAAGAUUCUGUUUGGAAAUGCUACAGACUUUAAAAAUCGGUUUCCAUUAGACGUAUUCCAAGAAUGGACAAAACAGUAUGGAAAGGUUUUCGGGUAUUACGAAGGACUGCGACCGAGUAUUGUUGUGUCUGACCCGGAAAUAAUCAAAGAGAUUCUCGUGAAGCAGUUUGACAAGUUCUAUAUCCGACCGCUGACACAGCCGUUCAUGUACCACCCCGAGGACAAGAGCAUCAUCGUGACUCACGGCACGCAGUGGAAGCGAGAGAGAGUCUUCAUUGGUGGAGCCUUCAAACCAAACAUUCUCAUGCAGAUGGUACCACGCCUAAUGCAGACUGCGGCCACACUACUGGAUUUGCUAGAAGAGCGGAGACAGAAGUCGCCCGACGGAUUCAACUUGAGCGAAUGUUUGAAAAUGUAUGUUUUAGAGUCGCUGGCCACUGCAGCGUUUGGUUACCGCUCUGACUGUCUCACCAACAGUGACAACGUCCUUACCCGAUACACACAGGCAAGUGCCGUGUCCGCGUCCGCUCACAACUCCGUCACGGGCUUAGCACGCUUGUUUCCUACACUGACGCCCUUGCUGAAAGUGUUUGACCGACAUCACAGAUUGUCAUUCCAGGAAUACAUGAAGGACAUUACGUCACACGUCACUCAACAAGUUAGACUAAUCCGUGAUAGCAAUACCAAGCCAUCCAACAUUUUGCAACACAUGAUCCUAGCCACAUCGUCUUGUAAAGAUUCGGAGGAGAAACACGUCAUCGAAGAGCGCAUGUCUGAGGAAGCCAUAGUAACGCAGACGUCAGCUCUGAUAGGCGGAGCGUCUGCCGUGACGCAGGCGUUGAUACAGUUCCUAACACAUGCCUUGAUGGAACACCCUGGAGUCCAGCAGAAAGUAUACACGGAAAUACAACAACACUGUCAGACAGAGGCUAUUGACUACCACGAUUUGUCUCGCUUGAAGUAUCUCGACAUGGUCAUAAAGGAAACUCUCAGACACUACACCGUGGCACCGGGGGUUGCUCGGGUCUGUACAGAAGAUUGUCAGAUCUCCGGGUUCCACUUCAAGAAAGGAAUAACUGUGCGGCUCAUGUCGUCCACAAUCAAUUUCGAAGAGGAGUACUUCCCACAGGCUCAGCAGUUUACUCCCGAGAGGUUCCAGACGCCAUCUUCCUACGCCUGGAUGCCGUUUGGUCACGGACCGCGCAUGUGCGUAGGUCAAAGAUUGGGACUUCUGCAGGUGAAGGCGGCCAUAGUGAAAAUCCUUCAGAAAUUCAUUAUUUUCCCCAGCAAAGAAACAGAGAUUCCUUUGGUGCUAGCCUUGAUGCCAGUCCUUAUUCCAAAAAACGGAAUUCAUGUAAAACUUAUGCCAAGAAGCACGUGACCAAACCAAGGACAACUGGUCGAUUGUGAGAGGACACUGUCAAUCGAUAUAGUCAAGUUACAAGUUGAUGCUGCACUUUUAAAUGGGAACUCUAGCAUUGUUGGGUGAUUCGUACAAGGUGUUGGGUGAUUUCGUGCAAGGUGAUUCGUAUACGGUGUUAGGUGAUUUCAUACAAGGUGUUAGGUGAUAGGUGAUUUCGUACAGGUGUUAGGUGAUUUCGUACAGGUGUUAGGUGAUUUCGUACAAGAUGAUUUGUACAAGGUGUUAGGUGAUUUCGUACAAGGUGUUUGGUGAUUUUGUACAAGGUGUCUGGUGAUUUUGUACAGGUGUUAGGUGAUAUCGUACGAGGUAUUAGGUAAUUUCGUACAAGGUGAUUCGUACAAGGUGUUAGGUGAUUUCGUGUUAGAUUGGGGACAGUUUGGACUUGGAUAUUAUAGCAAUGAAGCUGUGGUGACCCAAGGGUUAGAAGGAAAAUCCGGCAGCAGUCCAGCCAAGCCAUAAACAAGAGGCUCUUAACAUUUUGCAAAUGUGAUGCUCAAAAAAUUAUUUCUAAUUGCUUAGACUUCUUGUCUCAGUUGACCUCUGUAGUGGUUCGUGAUUCGUAAUAUUAAUACUUCAUAAUGGCAGGUCGCAGUUUCUUCUGUUUAGAACUGAUACAAAAUAUACGCUUAUGACCCCCGCUGGUGUACCGCUUAAAUUAAAAGGUUGUGCAACUCGACCGUUCACCAAAGUAACCCAUUUCGCUCAAUUAUGGUUUUUUA